AUGAGAAGAAAUUUACUGAAGUUAACCUCUAUAAAUUGUAAGAAGAAUGACUAUGUUUCCCUUUCUAACAAUUUUUUUUUAAUAAAAAAUAGGUCAUAUAAAUAUAUAACCGUAAGAAACAAAAUAGGAAGAAAUGUAUUUAAUGAGAAGGAUAAUUGUGCCAUAUUGAAUCGAGGACAAACACAUGUCGUAGGUAUCAAGAAAAAUAUAUGUACCGAAAAUAAAGUUAAACAACAGGAUGGAGAGUUUUAUAUGAAUCAAAGAGUUCCAGAUGAUAUGGAUAAUGAUAUGGAUAAUAAUGUGGAUAAUGAUAUGGAUAACAAUGUGGAUAAUCAUGUGGAUAAUCAUGUGGAUAAUCAUGUGGAUAAUCAUGUGGAUAAUCAUAUGGAUAAUCAUAUAAAUAAUCAUACACAUAAAAAUGUGCAUGAUGACACAUCAUAUGAUAAUAAUUCUUUCGAUAGAUACCAAAGAAAAAGAGACGAAAUAGGUGAAAACGGUUUUGUUCAAAAUAGAAGAUAUGAAAAUUAUGAAAAACGUAAACAAUCAAAAACAAAUUAUUCAUAUGAUAAUGAUUAUAAUCAGGGUUCAAGAAAUAAAAGAAAUAUGUCAUAUCCUGAUAGAUAUGAAGAAUUAGGAAGUCAUUUAAAGGACAUCGAAUGGGAUAAUGUGAAAUAUAAAAUGGAAAGGCAAAAUCUAUACAACAACAAUUAUAAUAAGUGUAAUGAUCAGAAUAAUAAUCAGAAUAGUAAUGAUAAUUUAAAUAAUGAGCAAACAAAUUGUUUAAGUAAAGAGGAUAUACAAAACGAAUUAAAGAAAAAUAAUAUUUAUAUUAACAAGGAUGGAAUAAUACAUAAUAUCAUUAAUAAAUUCUCAGAUGUAUGUUUUCAUGAAUCCAUAUUAAAUUAUCUAAAUAAUAAAUUUAGUGAACCUACAGCUAUUCAAAAAAUCACAUGGCCUAUUGCUUUAUCAGGAAAAGAUCUUAUAGGUGUAGCAGAAACGGGAAGUGGAAAAACGUUAGCUUUUGUUUUGCCGUGUUUUAUGCAUAUACUUAAGCAUAAAGAAAUUAUACAAAAUAAUAAUAAUAAUAAACAAACAAAUCAAAACAAUAAUUUACAGCAAGAACAGGAAGGGAAAACAAAUAAUCAUCAUAUAAUAAAUAAUUAUAAUGAAAAUAAUGACAACAAUGAAAAUAAUCACAACAACAACAACAAUAAUAAUAAUAAUAAUAAUAAUAGUUAUGAUUAUGAUUAUGAUAUAAAUUCCUCUGAACGGGCAAGUGAUACUUAUGGACUCAUUUUAUUACCCACGAGAGAAUUGUGCUUACAAGUUUUAGAUGAAAUCAAAUCCUUCGAAAAAAACCUACCAAUUAAAAGUGUUGCUGUUUAUGGUGGAGUACCGAAAUAUUAUCAAAUAAAUAAUUUAAAAAAAGGUGCUGAUAUUAUUGUUGCUACCCCAGGAAGACUUUUAGACUUUUUAGAAAAUGGUAACAUCAACCUUUUAAAAUGUAUUUAUGUUGUUAUUGAUGAAGCUGAUCGUUUACUUGAUAUGGGAUUCGAAAAACAAUUAAGAAAAAUUAUGACCCAAGUUAAUAAAAAUAAACAAUUGCUAUUCUUAACUGCUACAUGGCCUGAACAAGUCAGGAAACUUGCAUAUGAUUUUUGUUCCUAUGAUCCAGUAAAAAUUCAAAUAGGAAAAAAUGAAUUGACAGCAAAUAAAAAUAUUGAGCAAAAUGUUAUUAUAAGUUCUUCUAUUGAUAUGAAGAAAAAAUUAUUAGAUUGGUUAAAAGAAAAUUAUGAAAAUAAUAAAAUAUUAAUAUUUUGUGAUACCAAAAGAAAUUGUGAUAAUUUAUGUAAAGAAUUAAGAUAUCAUCAGUAUAAUGCUUUAUCAAUUCAUGGGGAUAAGCAGCAAAGAGAAAGAGAUCGAAUAUUGAAUAAUUACAAAACAGAUCGAUGUAAUAUAUUAGUAGCAACCGAUGUAGCUUCAAGAGGAUUAGAUAUUAAAAAUAUUUCUGUUGUCAUUAAUUAUGAUAUACCUAAUACUAUAGAAGAUUAUAUACAUAGAAUAGGAAGAACAGGAAGAGCUGGGAAAAAAGGGAAAUCAAUCUUGUUCUUUUCGUAUGAUUAUUAUAUGCCACAAAAAUUAAAGUUUGCAAAAGAGUUAAUUAAAUUGUUAAAUAAAACAAAUCAAACUGUUCCACCACAGUUAAAAGAAAUAGCUUAUUCAAGAUGA